AUGAGUUGUUUUCCAGUUAAUUCAUUGCUACUUUCAACACUUGAAUGCCUUUAUAAUCAAUCAUGCAUUCAAAUGUUACUUGAUUGGCGUUUGUUUGAAGUCGAACAAGUGUAUAGACCAGUUAUAUUAAACGUUUCAGCACUUGAUUCUCGCUUGCCAAGUCGCUAUUUACCUAAUACAAUUAUGAAUGUUAUUGUCUCAAAUCUAAUGAUUGAAGAUUGGAUCAAUACGACAAAUGUAACAGCUCAUUAUGAUCAAUGUAACCCACGUGUUUGUACGUAUACUUAUACAGAUCGCUACAACAUAUUUCAAGUUAUUGCAACAAUUCUUGGUCUUGUGGGUGGAUUAAAUUUCAUACUUCACCGACUUGUACCAAUAGUUGUGAAAAUCAUCUCAUCAAGACUAUUAUUACGACGUGUACAUGCAACUACAGAAUCAAAUCAUGCAAUCGAUCAAGCAGAUAAUCGACCCAAACGAAGACGUUCAUGUACUAAAUGCGUCACCAAAGCUAUCCUUUCAACCAAUAUUUUCAAUAACGAAACGGAUACACCAUUUUUGGCUACUCGUAUUUAUUUAAUUCUACUCUAUAUUUCACUCAUAAUCCUGAUGAUAUUCGCCGGUCUCACUCAACAAACACGUACAUAUACAGUCAAGUCACCGUCUGAAGCAACAUUUGAAAUAUUUCAUAAUCAAUAUCAAGCCCAAGAUAUUUCAUGUCCUUGUAGUCGAACAUCAAUAGAGUAUGAUAUUUUUCUGUCUGUAUCGGCUGUGUAUCAUCAAAUAUGUUCAAGUGGUUUCAUUGCAUCGGCCUGGUGGACCUUAGUCGCAAAUAGGGGUGAUACAUAUGCUUUGAAAGAUCAACCUUUGCUCAGUGCCUAUUUUCGAAUGAUCGCUUCAUUUUGCAGACUAGCCAAUCAAACGGUGACGAAUGCCGCACAUACAUUUGCGUCAAAGACAUUUGUUAGCGUAGAAGCAAUAACAUCAAAAUCAUUUGAAAUUCAAGUUGCAUCAUCAUUAAAUACAUUUAUUCAACAAACACCUUUGACAUUUCUUCACACACUCCAAUUCAUCAGAGAUGCAUUUCGUUCAAAUCAAUUACAGAAUAUGUUUAUGACAACAUGGGAAAUUGCAUUUACCACAGCUGCAGAAAAUUAUAUCGUAGCAACGAUCCCUCGUUCGUACAAUAAUGGUACAUGUUUAUGCGCAACAUCAUUGUCAGCUACAUGUUGGAGGCCGCUCGACUUUGUUUUACACCAGAGAACAAUAACAUUGCCAGGUCUUGUUGGUGGUUGUCUGCCUGUGGAUGGAUUGCGGCAGUCAACAAUGGAAUGUCUCUUCGAUUCUACCUGUUUGUCUAUGCUCAGUACUUUGCUGAACAGUUCAAUGGUUCCACCUUCGCUCAAUACCUCGGUUGUUACUCGAUUUCCGUACUUGACAACAAAAUUAGGUACGAUUAUCGAUGAAUUAUUCGUCGAAGAAUGGAUCAAUGCCAGUAAUUUUUCAGCAUAUUAUCAAGCGUGUUCUCCUCGUUUAUGUCAAGUGAGAUUUAAUGAACAUAAUAAUGCUAUCUAUAUAAUCACAACGCUGUUGGGCUUCUACGGUGGUCUUACAGUUUGUCUUCGAUUUAUCGUAUUACGCAUUGAAGAACAACAGGAAAAACAAGUAGCUAUUCUUCAAAAUGGUAAUGCUAAGUUAAAACGAUUUUGGAACAUAUUACUUGAUCAAGAAGAAAAAGAAUGA